AUGGCGGACAGUGCGGAACUAAAGCAAAUGGUUAUGAGCCUUAGAGUUUCUGAACUCCAAGUACUGUUGGGCUACGCUGGGAGAAACAAGCACGGACGCAAACACGAACUUCUCACAAAGGCCCUGCAUUUGCUAAAGGCUGGUUGCAGUCCUGCUGUACAAAUGAAAAUUAAGGAAUUCUAUAGGCGGCGGUUCCCCCAGAAAAUUAUGACACCCGCGGACUUGUCCAUCCCUAACGUACAUUCAAGUCCUAUGCCAGCAGCUUUGUCUCCAUCUACCAUUCCACAGCUCACUUAUGAUGGUCACCCUGCGUCAUCACCGUUACUCCCUGUUUCUCUUCUGGGACCUAAACAUGAACUGGAACUCCCACAUCUUACAUCAGCUCUUCACCCAGUCCACCCGGAUAUAAAGCUUCAAAAAUUACCAUUUUAUGAUUUACUGGAUGAACUGAUAAAACCCACCAGUCUAGCAUCAGAUAAUAGUCAGCGCUUUCGAGAAACCUGUUUUGCAUUUGCUUUGACACCGCAACAAGUGCAGCAAAUCAGUAGUUCCAUGGAUAUUUCUGGGACCAAAUGUGACUUCACAGUGCAGGUCCAGUUAAGGUUUUGUUUAUCAGAAACCAGUUGUCCACAAGAAGAUCACUUCCCACCCAAUCUCUGUGUGAAAGUGAAUACAAAACCUUGCAGUCUUCCAGGUUAUCUUCCACCUACUAAAAAUGGUGUGGAACCAAAGCGACCCAGCCGACCAAUUAAUAUCACCUCACUUGUCCGACUGUCCACAACAGUACCAAACACCAUUGUUGUUUCUUGGACUGCAGAAAUUGGAAGAAACUAUUCCAUGGCAGUAUAUCUUGUAAAACAGUUGUCCUCAACAGUUCUUCUUCAGAGGUUACGAGCAAAGGGAAUAAGGAAUCCGGAUCAUUCUAGAGCUUUAAUUAAAGAGAAAUUGACCGCAGAUCCAGACAGUGAAAUAGCUACAACCAGCCUAAGGGUUUCUCUGCUGUGUCCACUUGGUAAAAUGCGGCUGACAAUUCCAUGUCGGGCCCUCACAUGCUCUCAUCUGCAGUGUUUUGAUGCAACUCUUUAUAUUCAGAUGAAUGAGAAAAAACCAACCUGGGUUUGUCCUGUGUGUGAUAAGAAGGCUCCAUAUGAACACCUUAUUAUUGAUGGUUUGUUUAUGGAAAUCCUAAAGUACUGUACAGAUUGUGAUGAAAUACAGUUUAAGGAAGAUGGCUCUUGGGCACCUAUGAGAUCAAAGAAGGAAGUUCAGGAAGUUUCUGCCUCUUACAAUGGAGUUGAUGGAUGCUUGAGCUCCACAUUGGAGCAUCAGGUGGCUUCUCACCACCAGUCCUCAAAUAAAAACAAGAAAGUCGAGGUGAUUGACCUAACCAUAGACAGCUCAUCUGAUGAAGAGGAUGAAGAGCCAUCUGCCAAGAGGACCUGUCCUUCCCUAUCUCCCACAUCGCCGCUAAAUAAUAAAGGCAUCUUAAGUCUUCCUCAUCAAGCAUCUCCAGUGUCCCGCACCCCAAGCCUCCCUGCUGUAGACACGAGCUACAUUAACACAUCCCUCAUCCAAGACUACAGGCAUCCUUUCCAUAUGACACCCAUGCCUUAUGAUUUACAAGGAUUAGAUUUCUUUCCUUUCUUAUCAGGAGACAAUCAGCAUUACAACACUUCCCUCCUUGCCGCUGCCGCAGCAGCCGUUUCAGAUGACCAAGACCUCUUACACUCGUCUCGGUUUUUUCCCUAUACCUCCUCACAGAUGUUUCUUGAUCAGUUAAGUGCAGGAGGCAGUACUUCUCUGCCAACCACCAAUGGGAGCAGCAGUGGCAGUAACAGCAGCCUUGUGUCCUCCAACAGCCUACGGGAGAGCCAUAGCCACACCAUCCCCAACAGGAGUGGCACAGACACAGCAUCCAUCUUCGGCAUCAUACCAGACAUUAUCUCAUUGGACUGAUUCCCUUGCCCUGCUGCUCCCAUCCCCACACCAGAGUAAAUGAACUUGGCAGAAAGAAGAGAACUUUGUGCUCUGUUUUACCUUAUUCUGUUUAGAAAAGUACAUAAGCGUGUGUUUUUUCCUUUUUUUAGGGAAAAAAUUAAAAGAAAUGUACAGAGAACAAAACUAUAUUUUCAGUUUUACUUUUGUAUAUAAAAAUCUAAGACUGCCUGUCUGAUAAAACACUUGUUAAAAAAAAAAAAAGAAAAGGAAAAAAAAAAAAAA